GGAAGAGGGGAAGGCACUGCCCGCCCGUGGCCACGCUGCUCACCAGCACCGACAGGCUGCCGCAGACCUGCCCGGGGAGUUACAGGGGCACAAUGAACAUCGAAGUGCACAACAUCACUUACACCAGUGCCACCAUCUCCUGGGCCAUGGACAACCCCUGUCCAGAGAACUACUACCACGUCAUGUACCGCCCCAACUGGAACAGCGUCUUUGCCGGCUAUUUACGCCAAAACUUCCACCGUGAGGAGCGAGUUCCUCACCCCCUCAGCUCCCUCGUUCUGCACCGACUCACGCCAUCCACCAUCUACGUCCUCUGCAUCACGUGCAAGAACUCUUACCCCUCCAGCAACCACUGCACCACAUUCCACACUCUGGACAAAACCCCUCUAGUUUUCGGUGGCUCUAAGCACGAACCUACUACCUCCAUAUGGAUGGUGAGCAGCCUGCUGCUCCUCUGCUUCAUUGCUCUCCUGGCCUACGGCUGCCUGCAGUUCUGGUCUGCACAGUGCCACCGGGCUGCGAGGCUGAAGCGUCCUGACGCCAGCCCUGAAGAAGUGGGCGAAGACAGCAGCUCACCGGAGGGUCCACUGAACGAUGGACUGAGAGAGGAGCUUCUGGAAGUCCCCAUGACCACUGUGCUAAUGAGGAGCUCCAGUUUCAUGAGAGAGAGUCCAUAUAGCUCCCCCCACCGCUUUUUUUCCUAUAAAAACAGCGACGAUAAAAGGGCCAUCUUGCCACAGCAUGGCCUUCAAUGAGAGCAAAAUCAAGGCAGACCCUGCUUAGAGGUUUGGUUCAU